AUGGGACGACAGAAGACAGAGGCAACUACCCGCUCAGAAUGCUCAGACGAGGUGGUACUAUACGAAAUCGGGGGAGCAUGGAGAGGCGAGCGGUUUGACGUUCAUGGCUGUACGGAGCGACUCGCAGACAGCCACGCCUACGUCUAUCUGUUUGACCCGUCAUUUGGCGACUCAUUGCGUUGUAUCGAGCGCCUGCGGGAAAUGGUUCUGGAUCGCACCUCCGGGUACGAGAGGACACCUUGCGAAGUUCUCCUGGUGGACGGCUUCGCCAACGCCGCCGAACCCACCGUCGACACGAGACUCCGACGAUUCGCACAGGAUUUAAGUGGUGGAUACUGCGUUUCGGAGCGCACUCUUGAGCAUAAGCUGCGGAUGGAUGUUGCAAUCUCCUCACUCCUGACAUGUGUGUCAGCGUCGUCCGCGUCAUCUUCACCCCGGCGCCGGCCAUGGAAGGCAACACUAGCGACGUUGCAGCGCACAUUCGGCCGCCCUGCACCGGAGCCACCGAACGCGAUCGGAGUCUCCCGCUCGUCCUCCCGUGCACCAAACAUGUUCGGAAACUCCAAGGGCGAAGCGCUGAUCAGAGUGCAUCUCCGUCCAGGAAGAAUCUUCAACAGGAAGGGCUCGCAGGGCUUGAACUCGAAGGGAUGCCGACGGCAGAUUACCAGGAUUAAUCAACUGGCACCCCACGGUACAGAUCCAGAUUCGCACGAGAGGAGGUUUCUGGACCCGAGACCUGCUCCCGCCAUGCCACUGGACCAGAGGUUAUUUUGA